AUGGACCUCUUCCCAAUUUCUGUGCUCCUGGUAACGUGUUUCACAACAAUAAACACGCAAACAUACGAAAAGAGAUACGACUCAGUUAAUAUCGAUGACGUGCUCUCAAAUAAGAGACUUCUAGCAGCAUACGUGAAGUGUGUCUUAGAUCAGGGAAGAUGCACACCGGAGGGAAAAGAAUUGAAAUCUCAUAUAACUGACGCUCUUCAAAGCGGUUGCGACAAAUGCACUGAAACACAGAAGGAUGGCGUGCGUAAAGUUAUAAAACAUUUGAUAAAAAACGAAAGUGAUUAUUGGAAGCAAUUGGUUGACAAGUUCGAUCCUGACGGAGUGUACGCUGAGAAAUAUGAAAACGAAAUAAGGGAAGUUUAA